UUCCCACCCGGCAACGGCCGUCGAAACAAUGAAACGUCACACAACCAACCUCCAGCGCUGUCAAUUGAGCCAUUGGACUCGAUCGAAGGACUCCACCGUGUACAGCAAGCUCCAAUGUCUCUAAGUCGUCCAUUACGUCUGCUAUUGCUCGGUGCUCCGGGGUCUGGGAAGGGUACGCAGACCUCUAAGCUGUUGAAGGAGAUGUCGCUUCCCACGCUCAGCUCUGGCGAUUUAUUGCGCCAACAUGGCGACGACCCGAAGAUUAAGCAGGCCAUUGCUCGUGGUGAGCUCAUCCCAGACGACGUUAUGACGGGGAUGGUGAUUGGAGAUCUGGCACGCAGGCAGCUUCUGGCAGGUGCCGGUAAGUCCUGGCUGCUGGAUGGCUUCCCAAGAACGUUGAACCAGGCAGUGCUGUUGGACAAGGAGCUGUCGAGCCACGAUUCCAAGCUGAACUGCGUGGUUGAGCUGAACGUGCCACAGUCGGUGAUAUUAGAGCGAAUUGAGAACAGAUGGGUGCACAUUCCAAGCGGCCGUAUCUACAAUCUCCAGUACAACCCUCCAAAGGUUGCCGGUCAGGAUGACGUUACAGGCGAGCCUCUGAGUAAACGACCAGACGACAACGUUGAAGUGUUCCAGCGCAGGCUGGACAAGUACAACGAGCUCAUCGAGCCCUUGAAGCAGUUUUAUGCGAAACAAGGCGUACUACACACCGUUGAUGGCGAGACUAGUGAUAUCAUCUUCCCAAAGCUUCUCAAGCUCAUCAGAGACAACUUCUCCUAGAUUAGACAUUAUUAUUAUUAUACCUUUAUAUACAUCGAAACCUAUGCCAGCCACGAUAUGACCUUCUUGAUCAGUUC